AUGUUCAAAUUGACUAUUACUGUGAGUAUUUUGGGCCUUUGUCUGGCUAAUCAACAUAUCAGGAUCUUAAGCCAAAGUAAUGAAAUCCAUCCAGAUGGCAGCUACCAGUGGUCAUACCAGACAGAAAAUGGAAUAACAGCUCAGGAAUUAGGUAAGCAGAGGGGAUCCGGCCCAGAUGCUGUGCUAGAAGUUCAGGGUGACUACUCCUACACGUCACCAGAAGGAAAGCAGGUCGUGAUGAGCUAUGUGGCAGACGAUUCCGGUUUCCACCCCUCAGGAGACCUUCCCACUCCACCGCCAAUUCCAUUAGCCAUACAAAAAUCUUUGGCCUGGAACGCUGCUCAUCCCGAAGAAGAUCGUGAGGAUCUCGUUGUUCGAAUAGGACAACAACGAAGAUAUUGA